AUGAAUCCCCAAGUGUUUUUAAAUGAAUUAAAAAACAUUGAGUGGAAAGGAAAAGCAUUGACAUUGUUACGUGAUCAGUCUACUGACUGCUUGAAUGUAGAUAUCGACAUUCGAGAUAAGACAACAAAUACAUCAGAUAUUAAUACAUGGAAUAGAAGAGUUGAGCAAAAAUUGGAAUUGGAAUUGGUUGGAAUUGGUUGGAAUUGGAAUUGGAAUUGGUCGGAAUUGGUUGGAAUUGGAAUUGGAAUUGGUCAGAAUUGGUCAAGAAUUGGUCGGAAUUGGUCGGAAUUGGUUGGAAUUGGUAUGGAAUUGAUUCAAAAUGACUAA